AUGGGCGGAGGAUGGAAAAACCGGCCACCGCCAGCUGGCGCCGGCUCCGGGAUGGAAGCUCCCCGUGAUAGGCCACCUUCACCAUUUCCUCACCUCCCGCCAGCUCCCGCACCGGCUGCUGCGGGAGCUGGCCCGAAAGCACGGCGACGUGAUCCGACUGGACCUCGGGGAGAUUCAGCACGUGCUCUGGUAUCGUCGGCGGAGGCCGCCAAGGAAGUGAUGAGGACCCACGACAUCAAGUUCGCCCAGCGGCCCUCGCACCCUAGCCUGGCCAAAAGGCUGUUUGGCACGACGGAGUGGCUCGACGGCGUGCAUAAGGUCACCGACAGGUUGAUGGAGAGCAUGAUUGGGCAGCACAGAUCCAAGAGAGCGUUGGAGAAGCAGAAGGGAACGACGUCGUCGUCGUCGUCGGAGGAUCUUCUCGACGUGCUUUUGAGAGUUCAGGAGGAUGACUGCACCCUUGGUUUUCACUUGUCCACCGAUGCCAUCAACGCUUUCCUUCUGAACAUUUUCCUAGCAGGAAGCGAGACUCCUGCCACGCUGAUCGAAUGGACGAUGGCGGAAAUGAUAAGGAAUCCGGAAGUGAUGCACAAGGCAAAAUCCGAGGUGAGAAAGGUGUUCGGCGAGAGAGGGAAGGUGGAAGAAUCCGGGAUUCACGAGCUGGCCUAUUUGAAACUGGUGAUCAAGAAGACGCUGAGGCUGCACACCCCGACUCCGCUGGUCCUUCCCAGGGAGUGCAGGGAGGAGUGUCGGAUCUUCGGGUACGACAUCCCUCUGAAGACGAGGGUGCUGGUGAACGUGUGGGCCAUAUCGAGGGACCCUCGUUACUGGGGUGCGGAGGCCGAGAAGUUCCUCCCCGAGAGGUUUCUCGAUGAGAAAGUGAACUUUCGAGGAACCGAUUUCGAGUUCCUCCCGUUUGGAGCGGGAAGGAGGAUGUGCCCUGGAAUGACUUUUGGGUUAGCGGUUGUGGAACUUCCCCUGGCGAAUUUGUUGUUCCAUUUUGACUGGAAGCUUCCCGGUGGAGCUGAGCCGGAAAGCUUGAAUAUGGACGAGCAGUUUGGCGUCUCCCUGAGGAAGAAGAAUCACUUGGAACUAAUUCCCGUUGUGCAAUAUAACCCUUUACCUCCCGUUUAG